AAGUGAAGUGAAGAAGAAAGAGAAAAUGAAAAACGAAAGCUUUGUUUUUUCUCAGACACUCUAACGCUCUUCUUCUCUUAUCUUUCACCAAUGUUGACAUCUCCUUUCUUGCUCUCUCUCACCCUCUUACUCUCCCUUCCUCUCCUCCUCCUCCUCUCCCCUCACCUCCUCUUCUCACCACCCGACGCCGACGACCUCGCCCUCUUCCGCCGCGCCGCCGCCCCACACACCACCUCCCACCUCUCCUCCACCCCCAAAAUCGCCUUCCUCUUCCUCACCAACUCCAACCUCACCUUCUCCCCUCUCUGGGAAACCUUCUUUUCACACUCCCACACCCACCUCUUCAACAUCUACAUCCACGCCCACCCCCCAAUCCAACCGCCCGGCGGCCCCUUCCCCCGCUCCCGCUUCAUCCCUUCAAAACCCACCUCCCGUGCCUCCCCAUCUCUCAUCGCCGCCGCCCGCCGCCUCAUCGCCGCCGCACUCCUCCACGACCCCCUCAACCUCUACUUCGCCCUCCUCUCCCAGCACUGCAUCCCCCUCCACUCCCUCCCCUUCACCCACAACUACCUCUUCAAAAACCCCACCUUUCCCCACCGCAGCUUCAUCGAGAUCCUCUCCCACGACCCCAACCUCGAAGCGCGCUACGACGCGCGUCCUCCCAUGCUCCCCGAAGUCCCCUUCUCCUCCUUCCGCGUCGGCUCCCAGUUCUUCAUCCUCACCCGCCGCCACGCGCGCAUCGUCGUCCGUGAUCGCCGCCUCUGGAACAAGUUCCGCCUCCCCUGCCUCACCCCAGAACCCUGCUACCCCGAAGAACAUUAUUUCCCCACUCUCCUCUCCAUGGAGGAUCCGAAUGGCUCUACCGGGUUCACCCUCACCCGGGUCAACUGGACCGGCUCCUGGGACGGCCACCCCCAUACCUACACCGCGCCGGAGAUCUCGCCGGAACUUAUCCACCGCCUCAGGCGCUCCAACUCCAGCUAUGUUUACCUCUUCGCCAGGAAGUUUGCGCCGGAGUGCCUCCAACCGUUGAUGGAAAUAGCCCAUGACGUCAUUUUCCGGGAUUGAAAGCAGGGCAUCUUUGGGAAGAGAAAGGCUUGUGUUGAUGAUGUUGAAUGCAAAUGUGUGUACAGAAGAUCUGAUUUCUUUAAUUGUAAAUGUUGUUUGUGAACGGACUAGGGACAUAGAGAGAGGCAAAAUGGUCUCCAAAGGAGGCCACAUGGUAGAAUGUUGAGAACUGUAUUGUUAAAAGUUGAAAGUUUGUAAGAUUGAUCUAUAGAUUAUCUAUUCUGUGCUGUGCUUGCCAAAUUUUGAGUGCAACACAGAGAUAACAGUCAAUAGUAAUUGUUUUCUUUUUUCAGUUCUUUAGAAACGAAGUGUAUAA